UUGCCUUCACACUAAUUGCAUCCUGUCUUCUUGUGAUAUAUGUCCCGUUCUUUCCCCUCCCCUCCUCUUCUGUAUUUGACCAGUUCGGAUCAGGCAUCUGAUGAAGAGAACUUGAUUCUCGAAAGCUUAUGCUACAAUAAAAUAAAAUUGAUAAUCUCCUGGGAAUUUCCUGGGUUGAUAGCUCCUGGAUUCCAAUCUUAAACAGUGGAAGUGUAUUGGACUACUUCUCAGAGCGUAGCAACCCAUUUUAUGAUCGAACAUGCAACAACGAAAUGGUCAAAAUGCAACGGGUAACCUUGGACCACUUGAACCAAAUGGUUGGUGUUGAAUAUAUCCUUCUCCAUGCGCAAGAGCCUAUUCUGUUCAUCAUUCGUAAGCAGCAAAGACAGUCCCCAACUCAAGUUAUUCCAUUGGCUGAUUAUUACAUUAUUGCGGGAGUGAUUUAUCAGGCACCUGACUUGGGGUCAGUUGUAAACUCUAGAGUGCUUACUGUGGUACAUGGAAUCCAGUCAGCUUUUGAGGAAGCCAUGUCCUACUGCCGCUAUCACCCAUCUAAAGGCUACUGGUGGAAUUUCAAAGAUCAAGAAGAACGAGAUAAAGCCAAACCCAAAGCAAAGAAGAAGGAGGAACCAAGCUCUAUUUUCCAGAGGCAACGUGUGGAUGCAUUACUUCUAGAUCUGAGACAAAAAUUCCCUCCUAAAUUUGUGCAGCAAAAACCUGGAGAAAAACCCAUCCCAGUGGAUCAGAUCAAAAAGGAGCCUGAGCCAACCCCUGAAGCUGUAAAGCAAGAAGAGAAAGAGACUGCCAAGAUCACACAACAGAGCAUCAGCACCAAGGGCCCACCAGAGAAGAGGAUGAGAUUGCAGUGAGAGCUGGUGUGAUGGCAAUGCAACAUGCAAGAAAUUAGUAAAUGGUAUUUCUGCCCUGUCAUUGAUGUCUGAACACUGCCUUGAGGACUAUAACAUUUAAUGCAUUAAACAUAUGAAACUAUGUUUCUCCUUUGAAUUAAAUUGUUUAUCCUGAGAUAACUGUUCAGAAAAUUGUUAGCAAAAUUUGACUACAUACAAAGAGGACUGGCCCAUCCCCUUCCUGUUUUCUUUUGCCGCAAAGCACAGAUCUUGGUAUAUGAUGCUUUGGGUAAGCAUGCCAUUUGAAAAAAAUCCAAAAACUAAACCAUCCAAUUGUUUGUUCAUCCUCUGGCUCUGAUUACUAAAUGUACCAUUAAGAGCAACUGUAACCUGUUCAGCUUUUAUGGAGAACGGUGCAAAUUGUAUUUUGAUUCUGAAGAAUGAAAAUGUCAGCUAUAGAUGAGUUUUCAUAAUGUUAAUGGAGUCCAAACCCCAGCUAAAUUUUUCUCUUUGAUCUUUCUUUAACAUUUUAUACCCCUCCCAUACCCCCCCACACCACGCCAGAAUAUUUUUUGCACGUGGCCAAAGGCAAUCCCAGUCAAGCAAAUAAAACAUAUAAGCAAAACAUAAAAAUCAAACGAUAAAACUAUGAUGUUAAAAACAUAAAAAUACAUUAAAAUAUGAGUGCCUUCAUUAUACUUAGGUGAAGGAGUCUCAACCAUUAAGCACAGCUCGAGCCCUGAUUUUUCUUAGCUCCCAAGGUAAACUGUGCUGCUGUAUAAGAGAUGUAUAGAUCCAGAUCGGAAAGAAGGAGAGUUAAUUUUCCAUCACAGGAGAAUAAUUGCACGCAUGUACCUCAAACAUGCACUCUCCAUUCUGAUAAUGGACAUGAGUCCAUAAUGUCAAAUAAAAAUGCUUUGUAUUCAUUGUUUAAACAAUAAUACAGGACAGUGGCUGCAUCAACCUGAAUUUCUAACUUGAAACUUUGUUUUCUUCCCGAUUCCCUGCCCCAAAUUAGACUUAUAGAAAGAGGAAACCUUAGGAGAAGGCAUGUUAUACUACUUUCAUUCAUCUAAUGGAAUAGUAGUCUCUGUAUUGGUGAAUGGAAAUCAGUAACAAGUGGUUGAACUUUGUAGUAUUCUGGGGACUCUCGGUAUUAACCAUUUUUUAGCAAAAUGUUGUUCUUCAUGUACAGAAGAGAAUGUUUCCAGAACCCAUAAAAUUUGGUUUAAAUUUUACUGCUUUCAGCAGCAUUAAUUAUUUAGCCAUGGUGCCUGAUAAUAAAAAGUAAUCCAUCUACCAUCAUUUCAUAAUUUUUUUGGUGUUUAGAGCUCUGUCUUUUUCCUCUUCUGAAAUAAUUGUAACUGAAUAAUCAAUAUGUCAUUAUAUCAUAACUUUAGUGGCAACUGUCUACAUUGAAAACAUUCACUUUGUAAGAUAUGUCCAAUUUGUAUAUGGUAUCUUGUUCAGUUGAUAGAAGGAACAGGAAUAAAUUAUUUUUG